AUGGAUGAUGCGUUGCAACGAGUUCGGCAGCGUCGCAAAAAACGAGAUGCCACACGUAUGAUGAUUAGCUUGAUAUCCAUGUAUCUAAUAACAAAUACUCCAAAUUUGCUCAUUACUUUCUGGGAACAUAUUCACAUUGAUUCGCUCAGAGGUGUCGCUGACGGGCUCAUGUACAGGUACUACUCUUUCAAUUGGUCCUAA